UUCACUUUAUCCAUUCGACUGACACCCACAAACCACAUAAAUCAAACUAGAAAAGUAAGAAGCCCUGUGUCCCUUCCAAACCCAUUCGUCUGUUCACACGCAGACCACAGGGCAUCAUAAACAGUUAACAGCGGCUUCACCCACAGAUCACGGUAACCUAUUCUUCUUCCUGAUUCUCAGAUAUUUUAUAGAUGAUGAUCAAUGUGAAGCAGACAACCAUGGUGAAGCCGGCGGGGGAGACGCCUCGGCGAGCACUAUGGCUUUCUAACAUCGAUGUGGUAGUUCCUAGCACGCACACCGUUAGUGUCUACUUCUACAGACCUACCUUAACAACCGGGUCAUCAAAAAACUUCUUCGACCCGAACAUACUCAAGCAAGCACUUAGCAAGGUCCUCGUGCCCUUCUAUCCCAUCGCUGGCAGACUGUCACGUGACCACAACGGUCGAAUUGAGAUCGAUUGUAAUGCUGAGGGUGUCCUUUUCGUCGAGGCCGAAACCAUCUCCGUCAUCGAUGAUCUUGGCGACUUCGAACCAACGCCUGAGCUUCGGAAGCUCAUCCCCUCAGUUGAUUACUCUAGUGGGAUUCAUUCAUAUCCUCUUUUACUUUUACAGGUUACGUACUUUAAAUGUGGAGGUGUUUCACUUGGUGUAGGAAUGCAACAUCACGUAGCAGAUGGAUUCUCUGGACUGCGCUUUAUAAACAUUUGGUCCGAUAUAGCUCGCACAGGUCUUGAUGUUGCAUUAAUUCCAGUACCUUUUAUAGAAAGGACACCAUUUCGUGCCCGAGAAAAACCCAAACCUUCUUUCCAACAUAUCAAAUUCCAACAACCUCCUCUAAAAAUUGAUGAUCAAAACACUUGUACAACGGCCUCCAUUUUCAAACUGAGUCCAAAUUACAUUAAUAGACUCAAAGCCAAGUUUAAGGAAGAAUACGACAGCCAUAAUAAAAUCCGCUACACAAUGUUUGAGAUGUUAACUGGUCAUGUUUGGAAAUGUGCCUGCAAGGCUCGUGCACUUGCUGAUGACCAAAAGACCAUAUUAUAUAUUCCAGUGGAUGUGAGAUCUAGAAUGCAACCAAAUCUCCCACCUUCUUACUUUGGCAAUGGGAUUUUUGGUACCUCACCAAUUGCUUAUGCUGGCCAUAUUCUAUCCAAUCCGACGUGGUACGCUGCCACAUUGGUUCACUAUGCUAUAGAACGGAUUGACGAUGAUUAUGUAAGAUCAGCCAUUGAUUUUCUUGAGCUUCAGCCUGAUAUUCCUGCCAUUGCUCCUGGACGAAAUGCUUUCAGGUCUCCUAAUCUUGUUGUUGUGAGUUGGGUUCGAUUGCCUAUCUAUGAUGCUGAUUUUGGAUGGGGCCGACCCAUUUACAUGGGCCCUGGAGGGAUUGGGAAUGAUGGUCAUGCGUACAUUUUGCCAAGUCCAACUAAUGAUGGAAGCUUAAUGUUGGCGAUUGCCUUGCGAUCUCAAGUCAUGGAAGCGUUUGAGAAGUUGUUUUACGAAAUAUGAGGGUGAUGAUGAAACUAAACUUGGAUUUGUUUAGUGGGGUCAGUAAAGAAGCUUUUGCUCUAGUUAGUGUGUGAAGUUUGUAAAUUAUAUGUUUCUACUUUUGUUAUCAAAAUUAUAAUAAUAGUAAAUAAUAAUAUUAAAAGUA